GUGACCCUGCAGCCGCUGGGACAGGACGGCACAGCUGGGAAGGGCGCCGGGGGUCGCGGGGCCGGGGCCCGGGCGUGGGCGGCAUGGAGCGGAGGUGGGUCUUCGUGCUGCUGGACGUGCUGUGCGUGCUGGUCGCCUCUCUGCCCUUCGUCAUCCUGACUCUGGUGAACACACCGUACAAGCGGGGGUUCUACUGUGGCGAUGACUCCAUCCGCUACCCCUACCGCCCGGACACCAUCACCCACGGGGUCAUGGCCGGGGUCACCAUCACAGCCACUGUCCUCCUCGUGUCAGCCGGCGAGGCUUACCUGGUAUACACGGACCGCCUCUACUCGCGCUCCGACUUCAACAACUAUGUGGCCGCUGUCUACAAGGUCCUGGGGACCUUCCUGUUUGGGGCGGCCGUGAGCCAAUCACUGACUGACCUGGCCAAGUACAUGAUCGGCCGUCUGCGUCCCAACUUCCUGGCUGUCUGUGAUCCUGACUGGAGCCGGGUCAACUGCUCAGCCUAUGUGCAGCUGGACAGAGUGUGCAGGGGAAGCGCGGCCAAUGUCACCGAGGCCAGACUGUCUUUCUACUCCGGACAUUCUUCCUUCGGCAUGUACUGUAUGGUGUUCUUGGCGCUGUACGUGCAGGCGCGGCUCUGCUGGAAGUGGGCACGGCUGCUGCGGCCCACAGUUCAGUUCUUCCUGGUGGCCUUUGCCCUCUAUGUGGGGUACACCCGCGUAUCUGACCACAAGCACCACUGGAGCGAUGUGUUCGUCGGUCUCCUGCAGGGGGCGCUGGUGGCUGGCCUCACUGUCCACUACGUCUCAGACUUCUUCAAAUCUCGGCCCCCGCUGCCCUGCCAGGAUGAUGAGGAGCUGGAGCGCAAGCCCAGCCUGGCGUUGACGCUGACCCUUGGCGAGGCUGAGUCCAACCGUUACGGGUACCCGGCCGCUUCCUCCUGACCUGGAUGCCAGGCGGCCAUCUGUAGGACUGUCCUCUGGGUUCCCAGUUCCUGGACAGGCAGCCAGGGUGGGCUCUGGACAGGACUCAGCAUCCCAAGCUGACAGCAGUGGCAAUUUGGUACUGGACUGGAGAUCUCGAGGUGCCUUUGCCAGCCCUGUGCAUUCAGUGUGGCCUGUCCUCAGUUCCUUUAAUGCCCCUCUUUUAUUUUGUGGGUGAAGGAAGGUUCCCAGAGGGUGGUGGAUGCUGCUUCUGCUAGACAUGAGGUAUAUCUGGGGCUUGAGCAUAACUAGUUCACUGAGUAUCUCAGAGCACCUGCUCUACUCUGAGGCAGGUGCUCAUUGCAGAGUGGACUCACCCUGGGGCCCGCCCCUCCAUCUACUCUGUGGCUCACUGGGGAUAAAGUCAUUGGGUGGGUCAGCUGUGGCCCCCUGACUCCCUCGAGGGCCUGCAGUGGCCCUGGGCUGCCCUGCAGGAAGCUGGGCUCACCUUGGUGGUCUGGGUUGGGGGGGGGGUGCAGGUGAGGACACAGAUGCUGCUCUGUCCAGUCGGCCUCUGGGCCUUGGAGUCUGGGGUCAGCGGGAAGAGGCACUGGAUUUGGGUCUGGAUUCCUUCCUCUCUGAUUGCUCUUGGUCCUCACUGACCAUCCAUACCCCUGCUCUGAGGCUUCUGGACAUCCCGUGUGACAGGGGGAGGUCCUCCCAGCUGCUUGCCAGCCCCAGGCCACCCAGAGUGCAGACCCUGGGGGGGGGGAGGCGGUCAGGCCUUGAAGGAGCCUGGUCUGUCCUUUGCUGGUGGCCAGUGGGACUCAGAGCUGCUGCCCAUGGCCUGUGCCCCGAUUCCUGACCCUCCUGGCCACACACAGACCCACGUGCGUGGCCAAGGCUUCUGGAGAGGGCACUGCAGGCCAGUGGUCUCCGUUUCUCAGCACACUCAGAGGUCACUUUCAUAAUUUUUUUUAAAAUCAAAUACCUUUGUGAUGGUCAUUUGUUGUUUAAAAAUUUUUUUUGCUGAUAUUUUAUUUGUGCCCUGAACCUGGGCUUUAUUUCUUGAUCCCCUGUGGUAUGCCCAUGUCAGGACUUAGUCAAGAGAUGUGCAGAAGAGAGAUGUCCAUAGCUACGUGACCCUCCCUGGGAGAAGGGUCUCUGAGUGUCCUGGUGGCUGAGCUAGGUACUGCAGGAAGCUGAGAGGGUCAGGCAGGUCCCUGAUGGGGAAAAGGCCUUGAAGCUCCCAGGGCCCAGGAUCUGGUCUCAGCAAAGUGGUGAAUGCAUCCCAUCUAGCGCAGAGUGUGAGCCGUGUGGAGCAUGAAAAGACUCCCUGAAGAGCCCUCAGGUCUUUAGAUCAGGGGUCCCAUGAGGAAGGGGUAUGUGGGAUCCUCUCCCCCCUCCCCCCCAAGCCUCCAUGUCCCUGUUCGUGUCAGGUCACUAGGACCCCUGACACCAUCACCAGAGACAUGUGCAAACCAAGGAGUCUCUGCUCCACAAGCCUGCCAUCCGAGGCUAAUUCCCUCCCUACCAGCAUCCUUCACCAUAGCCUUCUGCCCCAGCUCCUCCCAUGACUCACCUGAGGAAAAAAUGGACUCAACAUGAUCCAAAGGAGUGAAGAGUCUUUUCUAGAACAGGAAGGGUGUGUGUGGGGGAACUGGCAGAUCCCUGCUUGUCCGAACUUGAGUUGUGGGCUCCUAGGCCUAAUCAUGCACUUGGAAAAAGAAGUGUGACCAAAGAACUCCCAUCGAUUUGGAAGCAACAACAGCCCCAUGUCUGAUAAACGGCUGUUUUUCACCACUACCACCGCCUAGGUGAUGUCUGGUCAUCUGUCCAUCUGCAGCUAGCACUGUUAGGCCAGUGUAGCCGGAACCACCCUCAGCCCUGAGGUUCCUCGGUCAUGCUCCAUAUAUAUUCGCCAUAUAGCUCCUCCUUCCAUGCUCCUUGGGUAUAGAUUCUGCUUGAAGUUGGGUCCAGUUUCUUCCCAGCUCCAAGAUCCCAUUCCAGCGGUCUCUGCCUGUCCUAGCAUUCUGGAAUAAAGUCUCUUCCCAGGUUUUACAUAUA